AAUGCGCAUGGCGCACGAGUAGGAUAGGUACCAGCCUCGCUUGUAAACUUCCGUGUUUUGGUUCUGCGUCGUCGGCUUCGGAAGUUUUUAACAAAAAUAACAGUCUCCGGAGAUCUGUUCCAGCUGGGAAUCUCGUUUAGUAAAAAGAGUAAGAAAUCGGGAGAGCAAUCUAGACAUCACCAUUCCGCCAUGCCUGGAAGAAAAGUUCAUGUUUUACCGACAGCCGAUAUUCCAACGGCCGUGUGCGACUUCGUCGCCGAGCAGAGCAAAGCGGCCGUACGGGAGCGAGGGGCGUUCUACCUCGGCGUGUCGGGCGGCAGUGUCGCUAAGUUCAUGGUCGAGGGUCUGCCUAAAAUCCAGGGUGUGGAGUGGGAUAAGUGGCAUGUGUUUUUCUGCGAUGAGAGGCUGGUACCGUUUGAGGACGGUGAUAGCACGUACAAGAUAUACAGAGAACUGAUAGGAAAGGUCAACCUUCCAGAAAGUCAGAUCUACCCUAUUGAUCCGUCGCUGUCUGUCGCUGAUGCAGCCAAGGACUACGCGGCCAAAGUUGGCAUUGUACCCUCCGGGGCAGACAAGUUGCCAGUCUUUGAUCUCCUGGUUCUUGGGAUGGGACCUGAUGGCCACACUUGUUCCUUAUUCCCUGGCCACAAGCUGUUAAAGGAGGAGUCUCUGAUAGUUGCUCCCAUCGAUGAUUCCCCUAAACCUCCACCGUGUCGAGUGACCUUGACCUACCCAGUCAUCAACUCCGCCCGCUGUGCUAUGUUUGCAUCCGCUGGUGCCAGCAAGGCAGAAGUGGUCCAGCGUGUUUUGGAAGGCAAUGACGCAGAGCCACUGCCAGCGGCCAGGGUGCAGCUGAAGCAAGGCACCGUGCACUGGUUCCUGGACAACGACGCGGCAGGCAAACUGCAAGCAAAGUACUGA